CCAAGAGGGCGCGCUUGCCUCGCGCGGGCCGGGGCCGAGGGAGACGUCUCGCCUGAUCGAGAUGCAUCGCUCCUUGGGACGUGAGCCUCGUCCACGCAGCAGGGCGUGUGGCGGAGAACAGGCCGCGCACUCAGCACCACCGGCAAGCCGCUGCCCAAGUUGCUGAGCCCUGCUGCUCGCAUAAGCAGCUGUUCCAACGCAUGCCAGGCAUUGCCGAUCCAAGUACUGCACGUGGGCGCCCAAAUGCACGUCGCGCUGAGCUAGCGACCGCAACGCCCUAUGUCAAAAUAGCCCGCCUCUGUAUCGGCUCGCCGGGUUGACUGCAAGACACCGCACAGCCAUCCGACUUGCUCUUCUUCUCAAGUUGCCAGUCUGAACCGUUCACAAUGGUCAAGAUUGCACGCUUCUCUGUUGAGGCUUGGAUGGACAAGUACGAGCACAGCUGCAAGUACAACAUCGCUGAAACAUGUUGCGCCUCCAUCUCCAUCGACCAGCUACGCGAGCUUUCCGAGGACAAGGAUCGCGACGUCGUCACAACAUCCACAGCCCUUACGUAUGGUGCAAUCCGCGGCGCAGAUGCAUUACGAGACAACCUUGCCCGUCUGUACUCUGCCCGCUCUGGCAAAGUCUUGCCGCGUGACAACAUCCUCACCACCAAUGGAGCCAUCCAAGCCAACUAUCUCAUUGCAUACGCAUUGCUCGGCCCGGGAGACCAUGUGAUAUGUCACUACCCCACAUACCAAUCGCUAUAUGAGAUUCCCAAGCAACUCGGUGCUGAGGUCUCGCUUUGGAAAGCCAGCCCCGAGAACAAAUGGAGCCCCUCGAUUGACCAUCUCAAAACUCUCAUCAAGCCCAACACGAAGAUGAUCAUCAUCAACAACCCACACAACCCUACUGGUGCUGUCUUGGGGAAGUCCUUUCUCCAACAAGUCAUCGACAUUGCGUCAGAGCACAACAUCAUCAUCCACAGCGACGAGGUCUACCGCCCCAUAUUUCAUGGCAUCACACCCAUGGACGCUGAGUUCCCACCCUCAAUCGUCUCCAUGGGAUACGAGCGUGUCAUUGCAACAGGCUCCAUGUCAAAGGCAUACUCGUUGGCAGGUAUCCGCAUAGGCUGGAUAGCAUCGCGCGACCGCAGCAUCAUCGAAGAGAUUGCUGAGGCACGACACUACACCUUGAUAUCUGUCAGUAUGUUGGACGAGCAGGUGGCCGCCUUUGCAUUAGACCCAUCGACAAUCCACAGCUUACUCGCUCGCAACAUUGCCUUGGCCAAAACGAACGUGGAAAUCAUGGAAAAGUUCGUGUUGAAGAACGACGACGCAUGCGACUGGGUGAAGCCAGUCGCAGGUACCACCGCGUUCGUUCGAUUUCAUCGAGACGGAAAGCCGGUCGACUCGGUCGAUUUUUGCGAAAAGCUUCUAGAGAAGACAGGCGUGAUGUUUGUUCCUGGCAGUGACUGUUUCGGGCAAGAUUUCAAGGGCUAUGUCCGCAUUGGCUAUGUCAAUCAUACCGAGGGCGUCAAGGAGGGUCUAGACAAGGUUACACAGUUCGUCAGGAGGAACCUGGAUGACGUGAAGUUGGCAGAGUAAAAGCACAUAGUGGCAUGAAGUGCAUCAAAUCAGUACAAUCCCGAAUGUACCUGGUCUCGGAGUUGGAAAGUUGCCACUACAAAUGGUCAGAGAUGCAUCGUUCGGAAGCCGCCGCGGCCGUACCGCGGCAGACCGACCGUUCCUUAUCUGUGAGUGUACAAGUCCAUUUCACGACCCACGC